CAGCGAUAGACAAUGAGACCCCACGUCCAAGCAGUAUCCAUCACAGAUACGUAUUACUCGAUAAUCUGAGAAUGAUUACUGAUGUAUCCAGACAUCGUCAAUUCCGCCUACAUACUGUGCUGAUGCCGAGCUCCUGCCGGGGCGGGCUGUACUGUACGUAGGACAGCUACAGCAAGCAACCUUCUAGCUGUCGCACGACUACAAUCCGGCACGCCAAAAUGUCAAAACUCCACAUUCUACUUGCGGGGAAUUUUGCUGCAAUCCGCGCAUGGCAGCUUUAGACAUUGUUCUAGGCGGCUCUAGAAGUUUGAUGCUUUAUACAGCCAUUCACAGGUGGAUAGGGGCACCCGGCUUCUGCCGCGAUAGGGAGUUACCGCAAGAUAAGCAUGUGGAUGUGGUUGGUGGGAUCUGCUUGCUUGGUUGUUGACAUUUCCCUUUUCAGAUGCUGGUGCAAGUGCAUUAAGAUCUGCCCGUGCUGAUGCUGAUGCUGGCGUUGAGGCUGUCUGCACCCCACAAUCGGAUUGUUGGGAUUCUUUCUUUGCUUCUUCUUCCCCAGAUUCCGUCCUGUAUUCCUCUCCACCGUCAGUUUGUUCAAAGAAAAAAAGACUCCAAGUUGGGCCUUUACAAGCUCUUAUCAGCUUCCCGUUUCUGCUAUCAUCUUUCUUAUCUCUCGCCCCUCUAUGCACUGCGAUAAGCACAUUCCAUCCCUCAAUCUGUUGUUUAGAGCCUCCUCCAUACUUCUCUACCCCUCAAUUCUUCUUUCUGCUAUCUUGGAGGUGUAAACAAGAUCCCUGAAUAGUUCAAAUCCCGCUACCAUGGCGCUCAACACUGCCUCGAGUCAAAUUCCCUACCCAACACCCGCUCCUACACCACCUCACCAUGCCAACAACCCUCUCACCGUUCUGGUCUCCAGUCGAGCCGUGAUCUGUGACGAGAAUAACAAUCUAAUACUUUCUCCCGCGACGAUUACAAUCUCUCCACAGACGGGAACCAUUAUAUCGAUUCUACCUAUCAUUCUUCCACCCGAAAGCUUUCCCCCGAAUACCCUGUAUACAGACCAUUCUCCUCACUUGUUAUUACCGGGCCUGGUGGAUGCUCAUGUACAUCUGAAUGAACCUGGUCGUACAGAAUGGGAGGGUUUCCAUACGGGUACGCGAGCUGCGGCUUCGGGGGGUGUGACAACUGUUAUUGAUAUGCCUUUGAACGCCAUUCCUCCAACUACCACUGUUGAAGGACUGAAGGAGAAAGUCAAAGCAGCCAAAGGUCAAUGCUGGGUUGAUGUUGGAUUUUACGGUGGAAUAAUUCCUGGAAAUGCUGAUCAGCUACUGCCCCUAAUCGAAGGGGGUGUCCGUGGAUUCAAAGGUUUCUUAAUAGAAAGUGGUGUAAGAACUCCCUUCUACAUAAAAAAGUAGAACACAAAAUAAACACUGACAUACAUCAGGUCGAUGAAUUCCCCGCCGUCUCUUCCUCCGACGUAGCCUUCGCCAUGAAAACCCUUUCCACAUCCAAUACAACCCUCAUGUUCCACGCCGAAAUGAUCCCCCCAAUAACCGCCUCCGUAGGCGACGACGUACAGGUUUCCCUUCCACCACUUGUACCCUCUGGUCCCCUCUCCUCAUAUAACACAUUCCUCUCCUCCCGGCCCCCCGCAUUCGAAACUUACGCCAUCGAAGAGAUCCUCUCUCUCUCUCACCUCGCUCCCCAACUCCAACUCCACAUCGUACAUCUCUCCGCCGUAGAAGCUAUACCCAUUCUCCAAGCCGCGCGCGCCAAAGGCGUAAAGAUCACAGCAGAAACAUGUUUCCACUACCUAGCUCUCGCCAGCGAGGAAGUAGAAGAUGGAGACACCCGCCAUAAAUGUUGUCCCCCCAUCCGAAAUGCCGUCAAUCGCGACGGACUCUGGAAAGAACUCUCCUCACCCAACUCCGUCAUCCAAACCAUAGUCUCCGACCACAGUCCCUGCACACCCGAGCUCAAACUCCUCCCCCAACACCUCGGCCACAGCUGUCCCUCCACCCCAGACACCAAAAUCAAAGGCGUCAACGGCCAACUCAUCACCCAAGCCGAAGCCGACCUGCAAGAAAAAGGCGACUUCUUCGCCUCCUGGGGCGGCAUCUCCUCCGUUGGCCUCGGUCUCCCCAUCCUCUGGACAGAAAACCACACCCGCUCCUCCCCCCUCACCAUCCUCGACGUCAUCCGUCUCACGGCCCUCAACACCUCUGCCCAAGUCGGCCUCGCUCAUAAGAAGGGCGCGCUGAGACCGGGGUUGGAUGCGGAUAUCUGUGUUUUUGAUGAUGGGGCGAUGUGGACGGUGGGGAGGGAGGAGCUACUGUUUAGGAAUAAGGUUAGUCCGUAUCAGGGGAGGGGGAUGAGGGGUGUGGUGAGGGAGACGUGGGUUAGAGGGAGGAAGGUCUUUGAGAGGGGUGUGGGGGAUGGGUUUGUGUGUAAGGGGCCGGUUGGGGGGCUUUUGCUUGAGAGGAGGGUGUGA